AUGUUGACAGACGUGCAGGCGAGCAAUGGCCCUCCUGGCCAAGGCCUUCAGUCAUCGGACAACCGCAGCAGCGAAAGCGUGCAAGCGGUCAAUCAUGGCUCUUCGCGGGGCUCAAUCUCACCGUCCAGGGGGGGUACAAAGCAUUCGCAGCUGGAGUCUGACGUUCGUGAACUGAAAGAGGCGCUCUCCGCAAUGAUGGCGAAACAAGCAGAACGCGAUGCUGAGCAUGGAGAGCCAUUCGGUAUGUCUGACGAGCACAGGUUUGCGCUACAACAUCGUCGCUACCACGCCGACUCGUCAGGGUCUGAGGAUGAUGACUACACGCAAUUCGACCAACAGCGGAGGAGGAUGGAGCGAGUGUUUGUCAGAGAGCUCAAAAUGCUCAACAGAGAGAGAGAAAUGAUCAAGGAUAUUCGGUCAUUGAAAAGGGAUCGCGACGGCCUGCUUGAGAAAGAGAAAGAAUGGGAAAGGGAGCGCCUUGAACUCCAGCGAGCGCAGAAAAGACUGGAGCAGAGCAAGACAGAAGUGCAAGAAGAUGAAAACGACGGGACCAAUAGUGGCGAUCGUGAUGCACCGGACGGCGAAAUGUCAAUUGUGAUCGAAGGGAGUGGAGAUCCCAUUGCGACGAGCCCUCAGUUAUCGGCGAUACCCAAGCUUCAUUACGUGGAGUGGUCUCUUUUCAAAGCGCUCCGAUCGGAUGCGGAGGAAAACUCGUAUGCCAUCGACGUGCUCAAGGGCGAACCGGUCGUCACUUUUGACUGGACGAGUUAUUGGGGCGGACGACGUGCGAAACGGGGAGGAGGGAAAAGUGACGAGGCGGCCAAAGGGAAAGCUGCUGCCAAUUUGAAGAAGAAACAGCUAGGUCAGGCAGCCCUCCCCGAACGCAUCCGCAUCCAUUCCAAAGAGAUUCUCAAGGUCUUCGAGAAGGUCUCUGGCGACACUUUUUCGUCUCGUGACGAUCCAGUCAUCAUGAUUCGACCCUUUAAAUUCCUUGUCUAUUACGACGAUCCGAUUCGACAAGAACUGCAAAGACUGAGGGCCAAAUUCGGCGUCCAGACAGUCGCCAUUGAUGAAAAAGCCACUGCGUCCGCUCCGCCAGAGGAGAGUCAGGAAGAGGCUGCCAAAGGAAUGGCAGCAGAGAGCACUACCAAGGAAGAGCCAGGCGUUGUACCUGCUCCUACUGCGGAAGCAGAUCAGGAAGCCGAGGCCAAUAACAGACUCUCGGCCAUCGCACUUCCUCCAUUGGAAUGCCUAGUGGAGUUCAUCGACACGGAGAUCCAGCAGAAGCUGAAAUAUCUUGCAAGCGAUAGCUGCGAGCGGAUCUUGUUCACUGAUGUGUGGUAUCUCUUCAAGCCUGGAGACGAGGUGGUUGAUCAGACCCGCAAGCAGGCCUACAGAGUAAUCGAGGUUGCGAGCGUCGCUCACAAGGCGAUCCCGCCUUGGCGCAAUUGGAACGACAAAUCGUCGGCGAAGGCCGACGAGACGCCCGUGAAACUCCAUUGCGUCUAUGUGGACUUCGACGGAAAGAACAUCGGACCAGUCAGCCGGACAUUUCAGAUCCCCAGAUUUGACGGAGAGAAGGCGGUGACAUCCCUUGAGGUCUAUCCUUUACGCUUCGUCAAGUCCAAUCUCGAAAAGAAGAAGACAUUUCGCCAAGAGCUUAUUGACCGCGGGAAAAUGUUCCUUGAUGUUGCAGGAGUCAAGCAUAUGCAUUACAACGGUCUUACGUUGGAUGCGAGGGAUGAAAUCGAUAGUCAGGUGGUCGUUGACUUUGAAGAAGCGUUCGCGUCAAGGGGCAAGGGUGAUCAGAAACCGAGCCUGGAAGAGCUCAUCGGAGAGUCCCAGCUCGACAAGGAAGACGAUCAGAUGUGUGUCGCCGAGUGCUGCAGGGACGAGAAUGUGCACAAGGACAGCGAGACAGAAACGAAGCGCAGCCGGGACUACAUGACCACCCUGAUUCCAGAGGACCGGAAUAGGGAGCCUUCCGUGACCAUUUACCCUCGCGCUCUCAAGGACGCCCGGUCUCCUGAGAACCCACUGACGGAGGAUGAGUUACUAAUCAUGUCAUUCCGUGUGUUUGGAUUUGUACUGCGCAGCCGGAAGUGGGCCUCGUUGGACCUUACGUAUCUAAGCCCAAUCACGUCUCUUAGCAGGGCUGAGAGCCACGAGGAAGCUGCAGAUGCGGAAAAUAAGACAGAAAAGCAAGUCGACAAAUCAGAAACAGCAUUCGAGCAGCUCGUCUUGCCCCCGGGACACAAGGAAAUGGUCCUGUCUCUGAUUGCGCAACAUUUUCGAGACAAGGAAUCCGUGACUGCCGACACAGAGCAGGUAGACAUUGUUCGUGGCAAAGGCAAGGGCUUGAUUAUCCUGCUCCAUGGUGCGCCUGGCGUCGGCAAGACGACAACAGCAGAGGGUGUGGCUGAGCUGUUCAAGAAGCCCCUAUUCCAGAUCACUUGCGGUGAUCUGGGGUCUACAGCAAGCGAAGUUGAGCUUGCCCUCGAGACCAACUUCGCGUUGGCAAACAGAUGGGGGUGUAUUCUGCUUCUAGACGAGGCCGAUGUGUUUCUGACAGCGCGAUCACCACAAGACUUCGUGCGCAAUGGACUGGUUGCAGUCUUCCUUCGAGUGCUGGAGUACUAUGCCGGUAUUCUCUUCCUGACCACAAAUCGUAUCGGCGACUUUGACGAGGCAUUUGCUUCCCGAGUGCACAUCAGUCUGCACUACCCUCAGCUAGACCUCAAUUCAACACGUGAGAUUUUCAGACUCAACCUGAAGUUGAUCCGCAACCGGUUCGAGAAGAAAGGCCGUGACAUCAAGAUCGACGAGGAUGAAAUUCUCAGAUUUGCCGAGGACUACUGGACCGAUAAUGAGAGGAUGCGAUGGAACGGGCGGCAGAUUCGAAACGGGUGCCAGACUGCCCUGGCACUUGCUGAGUUCGACGCUCAGGGCGGUAGCCACGAGCGGAUUAAGGACGCCCAUGCGGAAGUCAAGCUGCAAACGGAGCACCUUCGGACAGUGUCCCGGGCCUAUUUAGAGUUUAUUUCCUACCUCACCAAGCUCUAUGGCAAGGACGCAGACCGGAGAGCCAAGGCAAUUGGUAUUCGUGCCAGAGAGGCUGAUAGCAAGAAGGAGGAUGUUGUGGAUCCUAAAGAGGCGACUCCUUUGAAGCGAGCUCAUACCCAUGCCCCCGUCAGCUCACCUGUGGGCAUGGCAGUUUCCGCGCCACCAGAUCCAAGUGCAUCCACCAAGCCAGCAUAUGCUCCUCCCGCUCCGGCACCGAGUGUCGCACCAACGCACUACCCGUACCCGGUCUACUACCCGCAGCAGUACGCUCAGAUGCCCCAGCCAGCCCAGCCAGACGCGGCUGCAUACGCGGCACAGGCUCAAGACAGGCAAGUCAACAUGUCACCACCAAACCCAGCUCAGUGGCAAUCUCUUAACGCUGGCCCAUGGCCGGUGGCACAACAUCCGCCUGGGCAGAUGCAGUUUGCUGGGUAUCCACCAGGGAUGCAGCCUCCUGGAUUCGCUCAGCCUCCUCCUGGCGCAGAUCAGCAGCAGCAGAUGGGAGGAGCUCAAAUGCCGCCCACGACCAGGAGCUAA